CGUCUCCAUGGCCUUUGCGCCCAUGGGGCCGGAGGCCUCAUUUUUCGAGGUUUUGGACCAGCACAGGGCUUCCCUGCUGGCCGCCCUGAAGAGAGGUGGCGGGGAGCCCGCAGGCAGGGGGACACACCUGGCCUCCAGUUCUGAGGUUCUUGCAUCUAUAGAAAAGAUUAUCCAAGACGUAAUCACAAGCUUGGCAAGAAACGAAGCACCUGCAUUCACGAUAGACAACAGAUCAAGCUGGGAAAAUAUAAAAUUUGAAGAUUCUGUGGGUCUUCACAUGGUAUCUCAUUGUACCACAAGAAAAAUCAAAAGUGAUUCACUAAAAUCAGUUAAAAAUUUUGCUCUAAUUCUUAAAAUAUUGUCCAUGAUUUAUAAAUUAGUGCAGAGCAACACUUAUGCAACCAAAAGAGACAUAUAUUACACUGACAGCCAGCUCUUUGGUAACCAGACUGUUGUGGACAGCAUCAUCAAUGACAUUUCCUGUAUGUUAAAAGUGCCGAGGAGGUGUUUACAUAUAUUAUCUACAUCAAAGGGUUUAAUUGCUGGCAAUUUAGGGUAUAUAGAGGAAGAUGGCACCAAAGUAAAUUGUAGCUGUGCAACAGCUGUUGCUGUGCCAUCUAAUAUUCAAGGAAUUCGGAAUUUAAUUACAAAUGGGAAAUUUCUACUAAUUGUAGAAAAAGAUGCAACAUUUCAGCGACUGCUAGAUGACAACUUUUGCAACAAAAUGUCUCCAUGCAUCAUGGUUACGGGGAAGGGAGUGCCUGAUCUGAACACCAGACUUUUAGUCAAGAAGCUGUGGGACACAUUUCACAUCCCCAUCUUCACUCUUGUAGAUGCUGAUCCACACGGCAUAGAAAUAAUGUGCAUUUAUAAGUACGGAUCUAUGUCUAUGUCUUUUGAAGCACAUAAUCUCACAGUCCCAGCUAUUAGAUGGCUUGGUCUCCUCCCUUCAGAUAUUAAAAGGUUAAAUAUACCUAAAGAUACUUUAAUUCCAUUGACAAAACGGGACCAAAUGAAACUUGACAGUAUCCUGAAGAGACCUUAUGUUACUUGCCAACCAUUUUGGAGAAAAGAAAUGGAAAUAAUGGCAGACUCUAAAAUGAAGGCAGAAAUUCAAGCUUUGACCUUCCUAUCAUCAGAUUAUCUUUCCAGAGUAUACUUACCUAACAAAUUAAAAUUUGGAGGGUGGAUAUAAAAAUGUAUCAGAAUAUAUCUUACAAUUUCAAGAGGAUUCUAAGUUUUUUUCAGUAGAAUACUGUUGUGGGAAAAAAACAUUAUU